AUGAUCAUUUUGGAAGUUUGUAACCGAGCUGUAGAAGAAAUUCUAGUCACCAGAUUUGAACAAGCAAAGGAGGAAUCCAGAUAUGAUAAGAUUGAUUACACCGUUGCGGAUUUCGAUAGUAUUGUUUACACCAUAAGUAACCCAAAUAAUGAUAAGAAAAAGAUACUUGUCAGUAUAUUCAUUAAAUUCUUCCAUGAAUUGAACGAACAUGGAGUAAAUGAAGUAUUGGCUCGUGAGUAUGGUGAUUUUCUCUCUUCAGCAGAGCCCAAUCAGAGUGUAACCUUAUGCAUAGAUUUGGAAAAACUACCUCCAGAUCAUAAUCAGUUAGCUCAUAAAUGUGGUCUUCUAAAAAGAUAUUGUAUGGCAGCUGUUUUUGAGAAGUUUUUCGAAUAUCAAAUUAAAUCUAACGUGGAUUCGGGUUCUAAGAGGGCGGUAAUACAUUAUAGAGACGAUGAGACAAUGUAUGUACAAGCAUUAGCUGAUCGAGUUACAGUUAUCUUUAGUACAACAUUUAAAGAUCCAGACGAUUUGUUAAUUGGAAAAGUUUUUAUGCAAGAGUUCACUGAGGUAAGAAGACGUCUUGAUCGAGCACCUCAAGUAUUGUAUUCUCAUCGCGUUCCACCAAAAGAAUUACAGGGAACUGAUGCAGUUAUCAGUGACUCAGUUGCGUACAUUACUUUUGUGCUUUUUCCGCGUCAUUUAUCCACUGAAUCUGCGCGUAAUUCUACCAUCGAUUUAAUACAAACAUUAAGAAACUAUUUACACUACCAUAUUAAAUGUUCCAAAGCUUAUAUGCAAAUGCGUAUGCGUGCUAAAACAGUGGAAUUCUUGAAAGUACUCAACCGUGCCCAUAUUGAACAUCCAACAAAUACUGUGAUUAAUACCAAUAUUACGACUGCUUCUGGUGAACCCACGCCUAUUUCACCAUCAGUGAACAAAAUCGGUGGUAUACAAAGUGAUAAUAUGGGUCGAACAAUGCGUACAGGUUAAUAUUUUCAAUCAAUCAAUCAAUCAAUUUAUUGAUUAUAGGAGAAGAAAAAGUAAAAAGAAACAUUCUAUCACAACGUUAAUUUCUUUUAUUAUUCUUUACUCUAUUCACUUUGAUAUUUUAUUAUAUUUUUUUAAAAAAUAUAGAAAUAUUCUUAAUUGUUUAUAAUAUCAAUGAUAGAUAGAUGUUCAUUAAUUAAUUGAAUAUCGAAGAAUAAUUACAACGAUAUUUCAAAAUAAUAAUAAUAAUAAUCAUGAAUACUUUAUUUUAUUUAUACAAAUAUUAUGUACUUUUUCCAAGUUAUUUUCUAAUGAUAUAAUAUAUGUGUCUAUAUUUUUGUUGCUAUCUUCCCCACCCCCACUUCCUAUUUUUUCUCUUUGAUUACUUUGAAUGUUUUACUGACUUUAAUUGGUAUUCCAUCCGGGAGGGGGGACGUUCUCUCUCUCCCUUGUGCGCACUUGCUUGCUUGUUCGGUACUCUUUUUUUUUUGAAGAAAAAAAAAAUCUUUUUGGCACAUUCCUUCCAGUUGGUGAUAUUUUUUUAUUGUUGUUGUUUCAUUCUCUUCAUUGAUCAUUCUAUCAUUGAUAUGGAACGAAUAUCUUGAGUAAGCAGUAUGUGAAAGUUGAUAAAAAAAACUGGAAGACAAAAAAAAAGUGAAACGUAAAGUACAACAUACCUGUUAUAUUCUUUUUUUUCUCGGAUUAUUAUUUGAUAACUUCAAUUCAUUUGCUCGUUUCACACUGUAUACCACCAUCGUUUUCUUUCUAUCGAGAAGAAAUACAUUCCUCUGAUUGCUCAUCAUUCCUUCCUAUAACAAGUAUAUAUAUAUAUAUAUAUAUAUAUAUAUAUAUAUAUAUAUAUAUUGAGAAAUGGUUACAACUAUUUUGUUUUUCUUAGUAAUCCCAUUUUGUUAAACAUUACGUUGAAUAAUAGCUAAACAGGGAUUAAUUUUCAAUUACUCAAUUGAGUAUAAAUGUUAGAAGUUUCAUUCCAUACACACAUCUAUUUUAGCAUUAGUUGUCAAGGCAAUUAACUGUAUCAAUAGAUGAAUCUUCACAUAUACAACAAAUAAAAUAGUGCCUGAAACACAACCAUCUAUACACACUUAUCGUUGGUGGUCAUCCGGUGAUGAUAACGAUAUUAAAGUAAAUGAAUCUUGCCAAUUGUAUUAUUUCUGUAUAAUCUUCAUUCUUUGUUGUAUUUUUUUUUGUUCUCAAUAAAUAACCAUGACUUUUACUGUGUAUGUGAUUUUCUUGUUACUUUUGUUUUCUCUAUAUGAAAACUAUUUUGUCUUUCUAUCCAUCUAUCUAUAUAGAUAUAUGCUGAUUUGUUUUAUCUAUAAUAAGGCUAGACUAUAUAGUUUGUCAACGACUAAUAUUAGUUUCUAUUCUCUCUCUCUCUAUCUUUACUAAUAUUAUUGUAAUCUCUGCCAAUGUAUAUCUUUAGUGCCUUUUGUUUUCUAUACUACUAUUUAUAUGAAAUGCAUCAAUUUGUUUUUAUACAAUUUUCUAUGUAUGUAGUUUGUUUGUUUGCUUUUGGUUCUCAUUGGUGAAUUCCCAGUAUUCCUCUGUGACGUAAUGCAUAAGUCGGUGGUAAGAGUUAGUACAUAGUUUCUUUAGUCAAUCAAAAACAAAAAAAACAAAACAAUCACUCUUUGUUUUAUUGGAAAGGAAACAAUAAUAUUAUAAAAAUCUAAACAGAUUUCAUAUCAUGAAUCUCUCUGCAAAUAAAUGGAAUAUACAUUAU